AUGAGAGCAAAGCAACGGAAACGAGGCUGGGUCCUUUUGGUAACGGUGUGGCUUGUCUCCAGGCUUGUUGUGAGCCCCAGAUCUUUCUGUUCGCAAAAGCCUAGUCAGCGGCACGGUUUGGGACGGCUUGUUGCAGCACCAAACAAGGCGGAUGCCUUGACUUCGGCACGACGUCUGCUGACAUUUGCAUUGGACCAGCAAGCAACUGCACAAGCGCAAGUAAACAGUGCGCAAGCGCAAGUGGACAUGGCCGUGGAUGACUGGCAAAAAGCCAAAGAAACAGGAGAUGAGCAGAAGGUGAAGGAGGCGAAGGAGGAAGUGAAAGAGGCGGAGAAGGAGGUGGAAAAGGCGGAGGAGAAAGUGAAACAGGCAAAGAAGGAAGUGAAUGAGGCGGAGGAGAAGGUGAAAGCCCAGCAGGAGAAGGUGCCAGGCUUGGAGGAGAAGGAGGAAUCCCUAACCUUACUUGAAAAGUUUGCCGAAGAGUUGGGUGAUCUUGAAGAGCGCAUCUUGAACAGCCGCAUCAACAACAUAGAAGAGAGGCCUUUCUUGGAGAGGGAUGAAGUGAUUCAAAGCAUCGUGACAGAGAUGAAGGAGACGCAGCGGCUGAAAAUCAACAAACCAAGAGUCGUUUGUUUGUGGAGCCCUCGAGGGAUGGGAAAGAGCUCGGUCAUUCAACGCCUGGCCAAGAUGGAUGAAUUUGCAGAAAGCCGACGAUGUGGACGCUUGCUGAUAUUCGACGCAGCACGGAUUCCCUCUGGUCAAAUGUCGGUUGAAGCCUCUACGUUGGUGUCUGCCAUGGUCCUGUGGCACCUUUUGCAGCUGCUUGACGGCUACGGCGUUAAGUUGGCGGGGCAGGUGGUCAACUUCAAACGCAUGGACUUCAAGGAUGUGGUCGAGGUCGUCGAACGUCGUUCAAGACCAACUGGUUCGGUCAACAGCUUUGAAGCUUGGGUUAGGUCAGCUUGCACGACUAAGGAUGAUGUUUUCAAGCAGUGGUGUUUGGUAACGGCUGCAGCCUUCAACGCUCAACAGGACUGUGCUUGCUUGGUGUUGUUGGAUCAGACUGAGCUCCUUGUCAAACAAACGCUGGAUCAGCGAAGCUCCCUUGGCGGAAGCAGAUCAAGGUUCACCGAAGUGUGUAGCCAGUUUCCUCAGCAGAUGGCUGUUUAUUGCACAGGUACCAUCAAUAUGCAGGUUGACUUGCCAGCAGAGGAGUACACGCGUCUUGUUAUUAAGUCUUUACCAGCCCUCAUGCCAUUAUCUUUUAAAGGUGCCAAAGAAGCCAUGGUACAGUGGGGAGGGACACAAUACGGCGAGGAGGUGCUCGAUCAAAUAUAUCUUUUCUCUGCUGGGGUCCCACGACUUCUGGAAUAUGUAUUUCAAACAGAUGGUGAAUUAGCAUCAACUUUUGAGAUUGCAUUCAACGCCAUGUCCGAAUGUUUUAAAAAUUCCUAUGCAUCUGCAGCGCCUUUCUUUGAUCAACCAGAUGUGGCAUGUUGCUGGUUCUUUGCUCAGCAGUUCGUUGGAACGCAACCGACAGGGAGCUUGUGCCUGGGACAUCGACAAGGUGGUCAGACAUUUUCAACGCAGGAGCCGCAUUUCCAGAUGGCGCUUCUGUGUUGGUGCCGCUCGUUUGGUGGUUUCGGGAUCAGAAAAGACAGAAAGUGCUGGCUCAAAAGGCCCGAGGGUUGA